CUAGCUUUAUCAAAUUAAAAGUAAGAGAUACAAGAGAAGUAGUUUAUAGAUUUGUUUUGUUGAGAGAACAAAACAAACAUGGGAAAAUUGCAUAAGUAUGUAAGUGUGCUUGCUUUGUUGUUUGUAUUUGUAAUAGGAAUAGCGGAAUGUAGAAAAGUUAAAGAUGAUGAGUUAGUUGAUGGCAUUGGAGGAGAUGGAGGUCGGGGUGUUGGAUUUGGUGGUGGCGUUGGAGGCGGUGUGGGUGUUGGUGUUGGUGGAGGCAUUGGUAAAGGUGGUGGUGCCGGAGGAGGAGUUGGUGGCGGUGGCGGUGCUGGUGGAGGCUUUGGAGGUGGAAAAGGUGGUGGUGUAGGGGGAGGAGCUGGCGGCGGUGGUGGAUUUGGUGGUGGUACAGGUGGAGGAUUUGGAGGUGGCAAGGGUGGCGGCGCCGGAGGAGGUGGUGGUGCAGGUGGGGGGUUUGGAGGUGGAAAAGGUGGUGGUGGAGGAGCAGGCAGUGGUGCCGGUGGAGGAUUUGGAGGUGGCAGAGGUGGUGGUGCAGGUGGAGGUUUUGGAGGUGGUAAAGGUGGAGGAAGCGGAGGUGGUGCUGGUGGAGGCUUUGGAGGUGGCAAAGGUGGAGGAGGAGGAGUUGGAGGAGGUGGAGGAGCUGGAGGUGGUGCCGGUGGAGGUUUUGGAGGUGGUAAAGGUGGAGGCUUUGGAGGUGGCAAAGGUGGAGGAGGAGGAGUUGGAGGAGGUGGAGGAGCUGGAGGUGGUGCCGGUGGAGGUUUCGGAGGUGGCAAAGGUGGAGGAGGAGGAGUUGGAGGAGGUGGAGGAGCUGGAGGUGGUGCCGGUGGAGGCUCUGGAGGUGGAGGUGGUGUAGGGGGAGGAGUCGGGGGUGGUGCAGGUGGAGGGUUUGGAGGCGGCAAAGGAGGAGGAGGUGGUGGUGGAGGUGGAGGAGGUGGAGGUGGAGGUGGAGGUGGUGGAGGCUUUGGAGGUGGAAAAGGUGGUGGUGUAGGAGGAGGAGUUGGUGGAGGCUUUGGAGGAGGUAAAGGUGGUGGUGGUGGCGGCGGUGGUGGUGGAGGCGGUGGUGGAGGAGGAGGAGGCGGCCAUGGAGGUGGAUUUUGAAUUAAAAAAUUUCUUAGAAAUACAAUGUUGUAAUGUCAUGCAAAUGUUGAUUGUCACCUAUCUAUCCAUGCAUAAUUGUCCCAUGCAACAACGUAGUAUGAUUUAAAUAAACUUGAAAGUUUUGUGA